AUGAGCGAGGACACCGAAACGUUCGCGUUCCAGGCCGAGAUCAAUCAGCUCUUAUCGCUGAUCAUUAACACGUUCUAUUCGAACAAAGAAAUCUUCUUGCGCGAGUUGAUCAGUAACUCCUCCGAUGCUCUCGAUAAGAUUCGCUUCGAGGGUUUGACGGAUAAGUCCAAGCUCGAGUCGCAACCCGAGUUGUUCAUUCACAUCGUCCCGGAUAAGACGAACAACACGCUGACCAUCAUCGACAGCGGCAUCGGUAUGACCAAGGCUGAUUUGGUCAACAACCUCGGUACGAUUGCGCGAUCCGGUACCAAGGCAUUUAUGGAGGCGCUCACUGCGGGCGCCGACAUUUCCAUGAUCGGCCAGUUCGGCGUCGGUUUCUACUCCUCCUACCUUGUCGCUGAGAAGGUUGUCGUGUACACCAAGCACAACGACGACGAAGGCUACCGUUGGGAAUCCCAAGCCGGCGGCUCCUUCACGGUGACCAAGGACGCGAGCGCGAGCGAGCUCGGCCGCGGUACCAAGAUGGUCCUCCACCUCAAGGAUGAUCAACUUGAGUACCUCGAAGAGCGCCGCUUGAAGGACUUGGUGAAGAAGCACUCUGAGUUCAUCUCCUACCCGAUCUCUCUCUGGACCGAGAAGACGACCGAGAAGGAAGUGUCUGACGACGAGGCCGAGGAAGAAGGCGAAGAAGAAGAGGGCAAAAUCACCGAAAUCAAGGAUGAUGAGGUGAAGGAAAAGAAGACGAAGAAGGUGAAGGAAGUCUCUCACGAGUGGGCCAUCAUGAACAAGCAAAAGCCGAUCUGGAUGCGCAACCCGGAGGAGAUCACCAAGGACGAGUAUGCCGCGUUCUACAAGUCGCUCACCAACGACUGGGAAGAACAACUUUCCGUGAAACACUUCGCAGUCGAAGGUCAACUCGAGUUCAAGUCUGUGCUCUUCGUCCCGAAGCGUGCGCCGUUCGACAUGUUUGACGGCAAGAAGAAGGCAAACAACAUCAAGCUGUACGUCCGCCGCGUCUUCAUCAUGGACAACUGCGAGGACAUCAUCCCGGAGUACUUGGGCUUCGUCAAGGGUAUCGUUGAUUCUGAGGAUUUACCGCUCAACAUUUCUCGUGAAAUGCUCCAGCAAAACAAAAUUCUCAAGGUCAUCAAGAAGAACAUUGUCAAGAAGUGCCUCGAAAUGUUCAACGAAAUCGCUGAGAACAAGGACGACUACACCAAGUUCUACGAGGCGUUCGGCAAGAACUUGAAGCUCGGCAUCCAUGAAGACGCGCAAAACCGCUCCAAGAUUGCCGAUUUGAUCCGCUACUACUCCACCAAGUCUGGCGAGGAGCAAACUUCUCUCAAGGAUUAUGUCACGCGUAUGAAGGAGGGCCAAAAGUCCAUCUACUACAUCACCGGCGAGUCCAAGAAAUCUGUCGAGAACUCUCCGUUCAUUGAGAAGCUCAAGAAGCGCGGCUACGAAGUCCUCUAUAUGACCGACCCGAUCGAUGAGUACGCCGUUCAGCAACUCAAGGAGUACGACGGCAAGAAGCUUGUGUCGUGCACCAAGGAAGGCUUGGAGCUCGACGAGACGGAGGAAGAGAAGAAGCAAAAGGAAGAAGUUGCGGCUCAGUACGAGAACCUCUGCCGCUUGAUCAAGGACAUCUUGGGUGACAAGAUUGAGAAGUGCAUCGUCUCUGAUCGCGUUGUCGACUCGCCGUGCGUCCUUGUCACCGGCGAGUACGGCUGGAGCGCAAACAUGGAGCGCAUUAUGAAGGCUCAAGCUCUUCGCGACAACUCUAUGAGCAGCUACAUGUCCAGCAAGAAGACGAUGGAGAUUAACCCAGACAACUCCAUCAUGAAGGAGUUGCGCAAGCGCGCCGAUGCGGACAAGGGUGACAAGACUGUCAAGGACUUGGUGCUCCUCGUGUUCGAAACCGCCAUGCUCACCUCCGGCUUCUCCUUGGACGAGCCGACGACGUUCGGCGGCCGCAUCCACCGCAUGAUCAAGCUCGGUCUCUCCAUCGACGAGGACGACGCGCCGGUCGCGGAUGACUUGCCGGCGCUCGAGGAAGAAGUCGACGAGGGUUCCCGCAUGGAAGAAGUCGACUAA